AGUGUGUGUUCGUUUGUGUGAUUGUCUCGAUGUUUGGAGUUGGAAAACUGUUACUGAUUGUCAAGAGUUAAAGUUUGAGAUCUGAGGGGAAUCAAUAAUACUGCUGCUGUUUUAUUUUAUCUUUAAUAAAUCAAAUGUGUUACUCCACAUUCAUUGUUAAAAUAUACUGAAACGAUCAUUGUCACUUUUUAACUAAUAACAUUAGUGCAAUAAAUGUAGUACAAAAUCAAAUAUAUAUUUUAGAUAUUGGCAUUAUGCUGCUGUAGUUAUUUAGAUGAGGUGAUUAGGCUAAUGAAGAUGAAUGCCAUUGGAGUUAGUUUUUAUAUGUUUUUCUUAUGUUUUAUCCAUGUCAUGUUGUGAUUAGGAACACUAUUUUCUUUCACUAGAGCAGUUUUACAGACUUUUAUAUUGACUCAAAUAAUGUGUUUCUAACAGCAAACACUCAGAAUAAAGUGAGAUGAUCUGCUGAUGAUCCUGAAUGGCUUGUUGAAUGAGUGUUGAUAGUCUGAGGAUCAUCAAUAUUAACAGAUCCGCUGAAAACAACACAAUAGUUCCCGUUUUCACCUCAAUUCUCCAAUAAAUUAUGUAAAUUCCCAUCAGCUGCAAGUGAAGACGAGCAUCAGGAAGAGCUGAAAUCUGCAAAGACUGAGUUUAUUAAAGAGGACAGUGAGAACAUGAGUGAUCCAGAACCCUGCAGAAUGAAACACACUGAAGAUCCUGAAGAACAAAGAGACCUGAUGGAAGAGAACGAGGAGAGUGAAGAACACUUGCGUCGCUCAAAGAAUAAACAGACAAUUUUAAAUAAAAGAAGAGACAAGAAAUCUACAACCUGCACUGAGUGUGGAAACAGUUUCACAAGCAAAGACCAUCUUGAGCUUCACAUGAGGACCCACACUGGAGAGAAACCGUUCUCAUGCGAUCUAUGUGGGAAGAGUUUCACAAAAUCAGCAAACCUUAAGAGUCACAUGAUGAUCCACACCGGAGAGAAGCCGUUCACAUGUGAUCAGUGUCAAAAGAGAUUCUCACACAAAAAAACUCUUAAGCUUCACAUGAGGACCCACACUGGAGAGAAGCCGUAUGCAUGUGAUCAGUGUGGGUCGAGCUUCACACAAAAACAAAGUCUUAAUGUUCACAUGAUGAUCCACACUGGAGAAAAGCCGUUCACAUGUGAUCAGUGUGAAAAGAGAUUCCCACACAAACAAACUCUUAAGCUUCACAUGAGGACCCACACUGGAGAGAAGCCGUAUGCAUGUGAUCAGUGUGGGUCGAGCUUCUCACAUAAACAAAGUCUUAAUGUUCACAUGAUGAUCCACACUGGAGAAAAGCCGCACGCAUGCGAUCGGUGUGGAAAGAGUUUCAUACAAUCAUCACACCUCACUCGUCACAUGAUGAUCCACACUGGAGAGAAGCCGUUCUCAUGUGAACAAUGCGACAAAACAUUUCUUAGGGCAUCAUACCUGAAGACACACCUGACAGUUCAUACGAAGGAGAAGCCGUAUUCAUGUUCUGUGUGUGGAAAGAGUUUUUCACUGCUGCAAUAUUUAAAAGUACAUCAGAAAGUUCACACUGGUGUGAGAGAGUACAUGUGCUUUGAGUGUGAGAAGACUUUUGCAACAGGGAAAGAUUUAAAACGGCACCAGAGAAUUCACACUGGAGAAAAACCUUACAAGUGUUCACACUGUGACAAGAGAUUCCGUCUGACAUCAACUCUGAAAACACACGAGAAGAUCCACAGCGGAGAAAAACCUUAUGAGUGUUCACACUGUGACAAGAGAUUCAGUCUGCCAUCAAAUCUGAAAACACACGAGAUGAUCCACACUGGAGAAAAACCUUACAAGUGUUCACACUGUGACAAGAGAUUCAGUCAGUCAUCAAAUCUGAAAGCACAUGAGAGGAUCCACAGCGCCGAGAACUCACACACGUGUUAUCAGUGCGGAAAGGUUUUCUCUAUUAAAACUCACCUGAAGCGACACAUGAAGAUCCAUACAGUGGAGAAAACACAUCAACACAGUCUGCGAUCACACUUUCUCCGGUUCCCAGGCGUCACACUCUUCCCGCUGACCACAGCUUUCUCGGUCACGGCCACGGAUAAACCGGGGGAGCCAUCCGGCCUGCAGUCUCCCCCACCCUUCGGGAGAGAAAGUCGCAACCGCUGCUGUCUUGUCAAUUUGGGGACGCACCUGCCCAUGACCCAAGUGGAAGCCCAGAUACCUAACCUCUACGUGCCCAAUAGCACACUUCCUCGGUACCACCAGCUCGAUGACUCCCUCGGCCAUCAGCCAUCUGCGGCAGGCGUCCCGGAGCUGCUGCGCAAAGACGAAGGGUUGGCCGGCCUCCCCCAACUCGAGGGUCCAGAACCGCUGACGACUCUGCAUCGGGGACUGGCCGACCCGCUCAGGGGGAUCAGGCGCGUCACCCAGUCAGCAGGCGGCCAGUCCCAAGACGCGGCCGACCUCUCGAAGAGGUCCAAGAAGGCCUCAGGGUCAUCGAGGGUCGUCGCAUCUUGUCGCGGCCGGGACCUGGACCCCCUCGUCUACCCAGCUCCGGAACUGCUCGCGGUCCGCCCAUUGUCCUUGGAGGAGUGUGUCGAUCCGUUGUUCCUGCUGCUCCUCCAUCUUCAACAGGGCCUCCUGGUGUUGUUGGUGAAGUGCCACGAGCGCCUGGAUGAUUUCCGCAAACGGCGAAGACAGAGGGUUUCUGACGGCGGCCUCUCCUUCCAUCCCGGGUUUCGGCACCAAUGUGAUGAUGGACACUUUGGUCCAAUGAAACACACUGAAGAUCCUGAAGAACAAAGAGACCUGAUGGAAGAGAACGAGGAGAGUGAAGAACACUUGCGUCGCUCAAAGAAUAAACAGACAAUUUUAAAUAAAAGAAGAGACAAGAAAUCUACAACCUGCACUCAGAGUGGAAACAGUUUCACACGCAAAGAACAUCUUAAGGUUCACAUGAGAGUUCACACUGGAGAAAAACCGUUCUCAUGCGAUCUAUGUGGGAACAGUUUCACAAAAACAGCAAACCUUAAGAAUCACAUGAGGAUCCACACCGGAGAGAAGCCGUUCACAUGUGAUCAGUGUGAAAAGAGAUUCUCACAAAAACAAAGUCUUAAGCUUCACAUGAGGACCCACACUGGAGAAAAGCCGUACGCAUGCGAUCAGUGUGGGAAGAGUUUCACACAACCAUCAUACCUCACUCGUCACAUGAUGAUCCACACUGGAGAGAAGCCGUUCUCAUGUGGUCAGUGCGGGAAGAGUUUCACACAAUCAGCACACCUUAAGAGUCACAUGAUGAUCCACACUGGAGAGAAGCCGUUCUCAUGUGAACAGUGCGACAAAACAUUUCUUAGUGCAUCAGAUCUAAAGAAACACCUAUCGGUUCAUACGAAGGAGAAGCCGCAUUCAUGUUCUGUGUGUGGAAAGAGUUUUUCACAGCUGCAAUAUUUAAAACUACAUCAGAAAGUUCACACUGGUGUGAGAGAGUACAUGUGCUUUGAGUGUGAGAAGACUUUUACUACAGAAAACAGUUUAAAACUGCACGAGAGAAUUCACACUGGAGAAAAACCUUACAAGUGUUCACACUGCGACAAGAGAUUCAGUCUGUCCGGACAUCUGAAAAAACAUGAGAAGAUCCACAGCGCCGAGAACUCGCACACGUGUGAUCAGUGCGGAAAGGUUUUCUAUUUUAAAACUCACCUGAAGAAACACAUGAAGAUCCAUAUGAGUGAUCCAGAACCCUGCAGAAUGAAACACACUGAAGAUCCUGAAGAACAAAGAGACCUGAUGGAAGAGAACGAGGAGAGUGAAGAACACUUGCGUCGCUCAAAGAAUAAACAGACAAUUUUAAAUAAAAGAAGAGACAAGAAAUCUACAACCUGCACUCAGUGUGGAAAUAGUUUCACACGCAAAGAACAUCUUGAGGUUCACAUGAGAGUUCACACUGGAGAGAAGCCGUUCUCAUGCGAUCUAUGUGGGAACAGUUUCACACAAACAGCACACCUUAAGAUUCACAUGAGGAUCCACACCGGAGAAAAGCCGUUCACAUGUGAUCAGUGUGAAAAGAGAUUCUCACACAAACAAAGUCUUAAGAGUCACAUGAGGAUCCACACUGGAGAGAAGCCGUACACAUGCGAUCAGUGUGAAAAGAGAUUCUCACAGAAAGUAAGUCUUACGCUUCACAUGAGGACCCACACUGGAGAGAAGCCAUACGCAUGUGAUCAGUGUGGGUCGAGCUUCACACAAAAACCACAUCUUAAUCUUCACGUGAUGAUCCACACUGGAGGAAAGCCGUACGCAUGCGAUCAAUGUGGAAAGAGAUUCACACAAUCAGCACACCUUAAGAGUCACAUGAGGAGCCACACUGGAGUGAAGCCGUUCUCAUGUGAUCAGUGUGACAAAACAUUUCUUACUGCAUCACACCUGAAGACACACCUGACUGUUCAUACGAAGGAGAAGCCAUAUUCAUGUUCUGUGUGUGGAAAGAGUUUUUCACUGCUGCAAUAUUUAACACUACAUCAGAAAGUUCACACUGGUGUGAGAGAGUACAUGUGCUUUGAGUGUGAGAAGACGUUUAUUAAAGCAAGUAGUUUAAAAGUGCAUCAGAGAAUUCACACUGGAGAAAAACCUUACAAGUGUUCACACUGUGACAAGACAUUCAGACUGUCAGUAUCUCUGAAAACACAUGAGAUGAUCCACACUGGAGAAAAACCUUACAAGUGUUCACACUGCGACAAGACAUUCAGACUGUUAAUAUCUCUGAAAACACAUGAGAAGAUCCACUCUGGAGAAAAACCUUACAAGUGUUCACACUGUGAUAAGAGAUUCAGUCACUCAUCACAUCUGAAAAGACAUGAGAGGAUCCACACUGGAGAGAAACCGUACUCGUGUGAUCAGUGCGACAAGAGAUUCAGUCAGUUAUCAUCUGUGAAAGCACAUGAGAGGAUCCACAGCGCCGAGAACUCAAACACGUGUGAUCAGUGCGGGAUGGGUUUCAAUUUUAAAACUCACUUGAAGCGACACAUGAAGAUCCAUACAGUGGAGAAACCGCAUCAACACAGUCUGCGAUCACAAACUACCAGAAAGCAUCUGGAAGGAGAGGACAGAGAGAACGACAGUGAUCCAGAACCUGCCGAAUGAAACACACUGAAGAUACUGAAGAACCAAGAGACCUGAUGGACGUGAACAAGAAAG